CAUAAAACCAAAUCCAAAGUGAUCACUAGCCAAUCACAAAAGGAACACAGACAUUUCAAUGAAACGAUCAAAACUCAAAGUAAAUACACAAUUUAUAUUGGUUUAUGUUUGGUUUUAAUUCUGGUUUUAAUGGAUGUGGUGUGAAUGUUUAAGCUAGUCAUGUAGCAUCUUCAUGUAAAGCCAAUUACUUUUUGUCACUGAAGUGAAAACCGCUUUAUCCAAACAUUUUCGGGGUCAUGAUUUCCUUUGUUUAAACUUGAUGAAUUAUUUGAUACAACUCAUUUGGUAUUUCAGGCAAGGUGUGAUGCAUCAUCAUUUGAAAGUGUGCGUUGUACAUUUUCUGUCUCUUCAGGUGUAUGGUAUUAUGAAGUAAUCCUCCUAACAGCAGGUGUAAUGCAGAUUGGGUGGGCCACAAAAGACAGCAAGUUUCUCAACCAUGAAGGGUAUGGUAUCGGUGAUGAUGAGUUCUCUUAUGCAUAUGAUGGCUGCAGGCAGCUAAUAUGGCAUGGUGCCAGAAGCACACCUCACCAUCACCGCCCGUGGAUACCAGGUGAUGUGCUGGGACUUCUUAUAGAUUUAGAGAGAGGGAAAGUAGCUUUUUCGUUGAAUGGAAAUGCCAUCGAAAGAGAUUUUAAAGCGGCACUUUCAGGAGCUGGAUUCUUCGCUGCUGCAAGUUUUAUGUCUUUUCAGCAUUGCAUUUUCAAUUUUGGAGCUGAUCCCUUCAAGUUUCCUCCGCAGGUAACAUUCCAGAGUUUUAACGAUUUCGCAAACAUGAAAGCGGAAGACAAAGUAAUCUUACCAAGGAAUUUGAAGCUAGCUGCUAUUCGCCAAGAGAGUGUAACCGGUGAUCCGUGUAAAAUAUGUUUUGAACGCGCUGUUGAUACCAGAUUGGAACCCUGUAAUCACCGGGACGUUUGUAUGAGGUGCGCUCUGCAAGUUGAAGACUGUCCCAUGUGCAGGAGGCGCAUUCAAGAUAGGGUCCUCGAGGACCAUAGUGUACCACCCUCGCCCCAGGACACCAGCUGACAGUGGUUUGUUGCUAGGCAAUAGCGAAGGACUGCGAGGCCGGUUAGCAUAGGAACGGGCCACUGCCAUUAACACUGGACCAGGCAAGAUGCGAGAAAACACCAAAGGCUUCAAAAUAUGCUGCUCAUCUCAAAUCCUGGCUGCACUUCCCUACAGCACAACUGAAUUAACGUUGAUUAUGAUAUUAGUCUUACUAAGACUUGGAGAAUUCAUUUCUCCCUCAAUCAUGCCGGAUAAUUUAAAAGCUAAAAUUCUGUAAACAUAGCUUUUUAGUGGUAUCAUUUAAAAUUUUGGCAUGAAUUCUAAUGAAACUAAAGAAUGACAACAAAUUUGUGAUUUGUGUGGAGAACCAUGGACAAAUGUAAUAUGCUUAAAAUUUUUGUUUUUUUAAUUAUCCCGUUCAAAUUUCAGCGUUAAAUGUAUGUUUUUAAAUUCACUUGUAUUGAAUUGCUAAGUGCAAGGAAGAUAUCUAUACAUAGGAGCGGUUUUCGAGAAUCUCAAUGCCUCUUGUCAAUUUAAAAUAAAGUUAAAGUAUUACAUUUA